UCUCAAUUUAUUAUAUUCAUGGCAAAAAAUGCUCGCUCUCUUUCCGGCCGCUGCCAACUCACGGUUGUGCCACCGUCACCACGGCUAGUGCGUAGUCAAAGUGGCGGGAGCUUAGCAACUAUAACCACUCAUGAGAGAAUUUCACGUAGGUUUAACUCUAGUGAAAAACUCACCAAUAAUCAGCGUUCAAAAUCAACAUCUAAGGUAAGUAUCGAAAAUAACCAAAGAAACACAAAGUUAAAUGAUAAGAAGAAAAAUGGAGACGGUGUUGGUAAGUUAUUACAACGCGGUGUUAGCCUUGAUCACAAUGGAGCUUCAAAGAGGACAACAUUGCCUUCGGCAUGGGCGCUUUCACCUGGAAGGCAAUCGCUCGGCUCUCCGAUCUGGUUCGACCCACCGGCUAAGGCAAAUGGAAGUAAUAGUGGCAAUGGUGGCGGUAGAGUUGGUAAUAGUGUUACUAAAGUUUUGAAUUACUUCAAAACAAGGAAAGUGUCAUCCAUGCAAGAAGAAGUGUACCAUAAGUUCAAGAUUUUACAUAAUAGACUUUUGCAAUGGAGAUUUAUUAAUGCUAGAGCUGAUAUUUCCAUGGCUAGGGUAAAAAAUGCAGCUGAGAUAAAUUUGUUUUCAGUAUGGGUUGGAUUUCUAAUGUUAAGAAAGAUCAUAAUACAAAAAAGAAUUGAAGUACAAAAAGUCAAACAUACAAUCAAGCUUCAACACAUUUUGAAUGGUCAACUCUCUCUUCUUAUUGAAUGGAAAAAGUUGGAAAAAAGGAAUCAAGAAUCAAUAGAAAAAUUAACAAAGAAGUUGUUAGCAUUGUCCACCUUACUACCCUUAACUCAUGAUCUCAAGGUAGACACUAAUGCCAUCUUGGAAGCCUUGAAUACAGCCACUAAAGCCAUGGAGAAUGUUGACCCAUUGAUCAUGAAAUAUCAAACAAAGGUUGAGAGAAUUCUUUAUCAAGUAACAGAACUGACAACCACAUCAAGACAAGAAGAAGAGUGCUUACAAGAACUUUUGGGCAUUGUUCCUGUUAUUGCUACUUUACUAGUAAAGGAAAAAAACAUUCAAGUGCAUCUUAUUCAAACAAAGAUAGAAUUUAAUACUGCUGACAGCAGCAUUGUUUAAUCAUUUAUUUAAAAUGAGGUCUCAAUAUUGCAUGUAAGGACCGAUAUUUUCUAACGAUGGUUAAAAAUAUCGUGUUAAGGUAGUGCUACAAUCUUGUGACUAAUUAGAAUGUUGUGAAUGCACUCAGGAUUGUUAGAUGAAUGUAUGACAUUUAACUGA